GAGUCAAGCUCAGUUUUUAGUUUGUAGCUGAGUUGAGAUAAGGCGUUCUGGGAAACAGUCUAGUUGGACAGCAUUCCACUUACCAAAAUCCAUGUCUGUGAGGCAGCUGGAACUUUCGUUAACACCUUAGAGAGUUGAACAAAGGCAGCUUUCUAAGAUGUCUGUGAUGGCUGGGCCUACCCCGCGGUCGUCUGUGUUUACAUUCGAAUCCACAGUGCAUUCCUCCCAGGUGCUGCACUACCUGAACGAGCAGCGCUGCCGGGACAUGUUGUGUGAUGUGACGGUGCUGGUGGAGGGUCGGAGUUUCAGAGCCCACCGCUCUGUGCUCGCUUCCUGUAGCGAGUACUUCUUGCAAAAGAUCUCUUCCCUCACGCAGCAGGCGGCAGUGAUUACUCUGCCAGAGGAGGUGACAGUGGCUGGCUUUGAACCAUUGCUGAAGUUUGCCUACACAUCCAAACUCAACUUCGGAAAAGAGGAUGUUUUAGAAAUACGUAACUCGGCCUCGAUCCUUGGUUUCAGGGACCUAGACGAGGCUUGUUUUGAUUUCCUCCUGCCGAAGUUCUUCUUGAGCCGCAACGGCUCGGCUCCCAUUGUGAGAAAGACCUGUUGUAGGAAGGAAUGUAAGAGGCGACUGUCAAAGGGAAGUUUUGCCACAGACUCUGACGAUGUGUUGUUGGAUGACAAAGAAGCAAAACCAGUUGCUGAGUCAUCACCCGAGCAGGACGUGACUUGGGACUGUAACAAGUCGCUGAGCAACCUAAUGGGAAGUCAGAAUAGUGCAGACAGUUCGGGAUCUGCUGCCGACGAGAUAAACGACCCAGUCAUACAAUGUCCAAAGUAUCGCAAGUUCCAGUUGGCUUGCGAGAAAGAAAUGUUCGCCAAUGAGAAAUCUCCCUUUAAUUCAGCAACAACAGGGAUUAGAGAUGGCUGUGUUUUCUCCUGCUUGCCGUGCCCCAACAGGACACUCUCUAAAAGAGAAACUGUGGUUAAUUUCACUGGAAAUCCAACCUCCAACCCAAGCAUAGAAAGUAAAAUUGCAGCUGAAGAGCUGAGGGAAACUGAAAAAUACAAUGCGAAAACAGCGCACCGUGGAAAUAAAUGCGUAGCUGAUACUUCCGAGGAAGGCACAUUUGUACAAGAGGCAAAACAGGGUUGCAAAGUAGUGGAGAAAAACAUCAAUACGUAUGACGAAAAGAUGGAGUACACAUCUGGAAUCAUCUCUUCAGAGAUACCAAGAGUCAAGACUCUACCCCCAAAUCCAGCUACAAUUCUCUGCGAGAGAUCAUCCCUGUCGUUUUGCCCCUUGAGAUGCUUAGAUGUGGAUUCUAUAGUCUCUCAGUCAACGGGCCGUGACACGUGUGUUAAAACAUCAGGAGACCCUGAUGCAACGAUGCCAUGCUCCUCUCAUCAAAAUGCAAUGUCAGCAAAUGAGCAGAAAAAUCCAGAUGAUGCCAGUUGGCAGGGAAGAAACGGUGUGCAGACAUCAAACACGGAAAGAGCUCCCAACCUCGGAGAAAGCUCCAGAGAGAGAAGCACACUGAAUAAGGAAAGGGCAGAUCACCUUGGCGAGCGACUGGGGUUCAGUAAAGACCCCUACCAGCAAAGUUUCCUGGGCUGUGAAGCAGGGUGUUCCACUGACGCAUGUGGUAGAUGGGUGCAGAGCUCGUCUUUAGAGUGGUUGAAUGCUCAGAACAAUCUGGGUUCCGGCAAAACGGGGUGCCCAUUCAAUCUGGAUUUUGACCAAAUGAACUGCAGAAUGUCCGAGUGUGAGGGGACACCUCAGUCGUGCGUGUCCUCCGUAAACUCAGGAGAGGAUGGAGAUUCGGAGACGGAGACAGAGGGAGACAGCGAGUUCUCCAUGAGUGAGAUGUCCCUGCAGGUGAGCGGCAGCGCGUUUCGCUGACGAGCUUUCAUUUUUCUCAUCGGGUUUUAUUUCGUAGCAAUACGAUACAAUGCAAAGCAGUGUAGGCCUAUGAAGUGAAAUCAAGUUUUUUUUUCUUUCCAGCAACACUGUAGCAUGAUGCUGUCUGCACCAUGUUGUCACUGUGCAGCUGCCAUUCGCUGUGGAAAGGAUUGUAAAUCUCAACCGGAAUGACUUCCAGCAUCUGCUGAAGCAACAUGUUCUCAC